CGCAGACUCCAAGCCCUCACUUCCUCCUUGGCUUCGCCCAGCUCGCUCCUGGGGGCGGGGCGAAGGACGGAGGGAGGGCGGUGCUGCGCCUGCGCGGAGAGGCUUCCAGGGUCUGGGACGCGGUGCGCCGAUCUAAGUGACUGGAGGCAAGAUGCAGGACCCCAAUGCAGACACCGAGUGGAAUGACAUCUUACGCAAGAAGGGCAUCCUGCCCCCGAAGGAGAGCCUGAAGGAACUGGAAAAGGAAGAAGCAGAGAAGGAGGAGCAGCGACUCCUUCAGCAGUCAGUGGUGAAAACAUACGAAGACAUGACUUUGGAGGAGCUGGAGGAGAAUGAGGAUGAGUUCAACGAAGAGGACGAACGUGCCAUCGAGAUGUACCGGCAGCAAAGGCUGGCUGAGUGGAAGGCGACUCAGCUGAAGAACAAAUUCGGAGAAGUGUUAGAGAUCUCAGGAAAGGAUUACGUUCAGGAAGUCACCAGAGCCGGCGAGGGCUUGUGGGUGAUCUUACACCUGUACAAGCAAGGGAUUCCCCUCUGUUCCUUGAUAAACCAGCACUUGAGUGGACUGGCCAGGAAGUUUCCCGAUGUGAAAUUCGUCAAAGCCAUUUCAACGACCUGCAUCCCCAAUUACCCCGAUAGGAAUCUGCCCACGGUGUUCGUCUACCUGGAGGGGGACAUCAAGGCCCAGUUCAUUGGCCCUCUGGUGUUCGGCGGCAUGAACCUGACGAGAGAUGAGUUGGAGUGGAAACUGUCGGAGUCAGGAGCAAUCAAGACAGACCUGGAGGAGAACCCCAGGAAGCCGGUGGAAGAUGUCUUGCUGUCCUCAGUGCGAGGCUCUGUCCCCAUGAGAAGGGACAGCGAUUCCGAGGGUGACUAAGAUAACAGCCACUGUUCCUUUUUGAACUUUCUUGAUAGGACGUAUUGUUUGGAUUUAUAAUAAGGAGGAAAAAGCAAAAAUUUAUCGUAUUUUGGUUUUUAACCUUUUUAUAAUUAUUUAAAUUUUAUACAUUCAGAAAUCAUCGCUGGAAAUUUUAUUAAAUUCCUUGGAACUCUUUUUAAAUUAAUAAUGUUUCUUUAAGAAAAAUUUAAACAAGCUUUAUGCCAAAUAUCUGUCUUCCUACAUGUAUUUCAGCAAACCAUGAAACUGUUUAGUAUUUUUUGACAUGCAACUGUGUAGAAAAGAAUAUGGAGUUGUUUUUUUUUGUUUGUUUGUUAAUAAUGUGAAUAAAUUAACUGUUUAAAGAAUAA